CACUGCCGCUGUCAAACAUUGAUAAUCUCCGUAUCGCGGAGGCAGCAUAGAAGAAAGAGCUACAAAAAGUGUAGAAAAAGUUAAGAUGGUGUUUGCAAAGUUCGGUUUUGUUUUGCUGCUAGCGUUUAAUCUCGCUGAAGGAGAUUCACACGGCAAAUUGCUUGAUGAAACGGAGGAAACUAUGGAUCUUGAGACGUACCAUCCCAAUCGUGAUCUUCCAAUACAAAACUCGAUCAUCUCUCAUCAAAGGAGGCACUCGAAAUCGAAGAGAAGAAUGAAGCGAAGGUAUAAAUGCUACAGCUGUGAGCCUCCUGACUGUGCGGACACUACGGCCCACGCGCAUCUCUGCCAGAACGCAAUCCAGUGCUGGAAGUCACGGAUCCGCGAUCAGUUCGGUCACGAGAGUGUUUCCCGUGGCUGCACGACGACACAUGAGCAGCUUCCGCUUUAUUGCAACCAGAAUCUGAUGAACAGCAAUGGACCGAAAAAGCGUCACGCCACGGGCACAUACAAUAUCGAGUGCUGCACUGGGGACUACUGCAACAAUGGCAGCUUUCCGAUGUUGCCACCGGUUGAUUAUCCAAACGAUGUUAUGAAGCUAGAAUCCUCAACAUAUGUAUUGAAGCUGGCCGGAGCCAUCCUAGGACCCAUCAUUUUGCUUAUGAUCGUGGGUGCGAUUGUACUGGUUUUGAUGCGCCGAACUCAUCACAAACGUCUCAUGGCCACGAGGAGUAAGCAUGACCCGGAGACAUACUACGCCAGCGAUGAAAUCCUCAGAGCCACAAGCGCCGGCGACAGUACACUGAGAGAAUAUUUACAACAUUCGGUAACGUCCGGCUCUGGCAGCGGUUUACCGCUGUUAAUCCAACGAACGCUCGCCAAGCAAGUCUCGCUGUGCGAAUGUAUUGGCCGGGGACGAUACGGAGAGGUGUGGCGAGGCAUAUGGCACGGGGAAAGUGUUGCAGUGAAGAUUUUCUUCUCUCGCGAUGAAGACUCCUGGAAGCGUGAAACGGAAAUUUACAGCACGGUCCUCCUCCGACACGAAAACAUUUUGGGCUACAUCGGAUCUGAUAUGACAUCCCGGAAUUCGUGCACCCAGUUGUGGCUCAUCACACACUACUACCCGCUGGGAUCGCUUUUCGAUCAUCUCAACCGUACUGUUCUGAGCCAUCAUCAGAUGGCCACCGUUUGUCUUUCGAUCGCCAACGGAUUGGUGCAUUUGCACACCGAGAUCUUUGGAACAGAGGGCAAACCAGCGAUCGCUCAUCGUGACCUGAAAACAAAGAAUAUCCUGGUACGUAUCAACGGAUCGUGCGUGAUAGCUGAUUUUGGCCUUGCGGUGACCCACAGCCAGACGACCAACAAGAUCGAUAUAAGCAACACGGCACGGGUCGGCACCAAGCGGUACAUGGCACCCGAAGUGUUGGAUGAGAGUGUCAACUUGGAAUGUUUUGAAUCGCUCCGGAAGGCGGACAUCUACGCGAUUGGACUGAUGUUCUGGGAAAUAUGUCGUCGGACGCUCUCGAAUGGUAUCGCCGAGGAUUACAAGGUACCGUAUUACGAUUGCGUGACAUCCGAUCCCAGCUUUGAAGAGAUGCGAAAAGUUGUUUGCGGCGACAAAUACCGACCAUCGAUACCCAACCGGUGGUCUUCGGAUCCGCUACUUUCCGGCAUGGACAAGCUAAUGCGCGAAUGCUGGCACGCCAACUCGAACGUCCGGUUGCCGGCGCUCCGAAUCAAGAAAACACUGCUGAAGCUGGUUAGUUCGGACGAGACGAUAAAGCUCAACAAUUACUACGAUGGCGAAGUUUGUGUUUGAUGAAGGCUAGCAAUGGCCCAAAUUCUAAGCCCCAUCCUGACUCGAACCAUAAUCAUUACAACAUCCAAGGGCGACAGAUGGAGUCGCACUAGACAGAGAGAAGGUAUCAAAAAUAACAAUAUCAUUUUUUGUCGUAAUUCAUGUUGGAUUUUCUCGGUAAGUGGGUGGAAGAAGCGAUAUGAGAACCGGUGCGAAUUAGUAUAUGCGAAUUGUUAUAUAGUAAUGAUGAUGGUGGGAAUUGAGCGUGUGAGAAGUAUGUUGUUUGUGUGAAUCAGAUGAUACGAAACGGAUACCUGUAAAUAUUUAUACAUUUACUAGAAUAGGAUCGUUACAAACACGAAUAGCUCUGUACUGAACAAUCCUUUUUUUUAGUUUGUUUUUUUUAACUUCAAAUAGUUUAGGCAGAGUGAGACAAAUUUUGGGUUUCAUUUCGUAUAAGAAAGUAAUAUUUGUUUGGUCAUUUUUGGCCUUUAUAACUCGCUGUCAAUUGAUGUUGGUGUACCUUUACUAAAACCAAAAUCUAAAGCGAUGAAAAAAUAAGGAGCAUCGAAUAAGAGGAAUACUCAUUCAAUAUUUGUGUGUGGGGCAGUACAAACCAAAUCUAAAUUUCUAAUUGACGAAAUUUUGCGUACGUUAGAAGAAACACAAAACUCAAUCGGAAAAAGGUUUACUCAGCAUCAAAUUCAUUAGUUUGCAACGUUUGUUUAUGCAGGACCAGUUUAUUUGAGUCAAACGUAACGGAUUUUUAUACUACACUAAGGAAUAAUAGGGUCAACGUGGUAAAAUACAAAACACACGUAUGGUCGGGAAAAAUUCAGUAUUAUUAACUGAAUAUAAUACGAUAACAAUAAGAUUGCUAUAAGUAAACUCUAAUAUUUACACAUUUCGAAGGAGAAGAGAGUUAGGCAAAAUACAACAGAAGAUAAAAAAAAAACAAUCAAAUGGCGAAAGCGAAUAAUUUCUUGUUCGCCUCCAAUUUACUGGUAAUUUAAAUAUUUUUGUUGCCUUUCAAAUUCGCAUUCCUUAAGAACUGAGUCGUGCGAAACAAAUUAAGUGCCAUUCAUCAAUAGAGAACGCUACGAUUUCACGUGUAGAUCGUACCUUUUUGCGAAUAAUAAAACUCAGUUCAUCCGGGAGGGAGCAUGAACGGGAAAUUUGUUGUUGUGUACAUAAUACUGUUAAGUAAUUGAAUAAUUUACUUCCCCGGUUUUUGAGCGCUGAAAGGGAUGCAAUUGAUUCGUUACGGUUCUAUAUACAUCAGUGUGUUUUUUUCUAACCUAUUUCAAUGAUAGCAAUGAAAUUGUAAUUUAUUACCGGCAGCAAAAGAUGGAAUGUUGCUUUCAUCAGUGAUGAGUUGAAAAGAAAAAGGAUAUUCUUUCUUUAUUUUGAGCAAUAAACGAUAGAUUUAUAUUUAGUU